UCACAAAGCAUCAAAAUUCAAUUUCACCCAUGAGCCACCAUCCACACCUUGGCUUUCGCACACACCCAAGAUCCUAAGGGGAGACUGUCGGCGACGAAGGUGUUGUCGGAGGAGGAUCCGGCAACGAAGAAGACGGUGGAAACCCAAAGGGCGUCACCGAUGUCUUUGAGGAACUCGAAGUAAGAGAUGUCUUAGGUUGCGGUGAGGGCGUAGCACUCCUCCGACGAGGCUCUUAGGAUUUAGGAACCACUUUUGCUCCCUGCACAAAGACACCACAGGGAAGCCCUCCUCCUUGGAGCCUUUGUAACCCAUAUCAAAUGAGCUGUAUCAUUAUCAAUAAUCUUGUCAUUUUCGAGCGAUAGAAACGCAGUGGGUCAUGGCAUUGUGCAAAUGGAGAGGAAAACAGAGAAUGGUGAAAAAACAAGGUGGGAUGGUGAGAAAAAUUGGGGACUCAACCAUUAUUGUAACACUUGCUGUAGAGCCACGAACAAUGAAUUGGGAACAAUAAUGCACAGGUAAAAAGAAAAAGUUAACCACAAUCUAACUCCGUUACUCAUUAUUAUAAAAUUAUACAGGUGGCAAUAUUUUAUUGGAAAACAUGACAAACUGAAUAUAAGCAACUGGAGCACACGAGAACUGUGGGGGUAUCAAUCUUCAAUUUCAUCAUCAUCAUCUUCUUCUUCUUCUUCUUCUUCCAAACACAACCAUGGUGGUCAUGGUGGGUGUGUCUCAAUCCAUCUCUGUCUCUUCCCAGCUCAGAACCCCUUCUUCUUCUUCUUCCUUCGAUUUCCACCCAAAGAAGCCACCACCAACCUCUCUUCUGGGUUGGCCCAACCCUCUUCAACCCACCCCUUCAAUCUUCUUCAGAAGGAACCGCACCCUCCCACUCCACUGUUGCCGCUGCACCCCAGAUUCCAACGAUGCCACUGUCAACUGGGAUUGGAACCGAUGGUGCUGCCAUUUCUCUGAAAUUGAACAGGCUGAGAGCUUCGCCUCUGUUCUCAAGUUUCAACUUGAAGAAGCUAUUGAAAAGGAAGAUUUCCAAGAAGCAGUGAAGUUGAAGAGGGCCAUAGCAGAAGCAACAUCCAAGGACAGUGUUGCUGAAAUUAUGUCUCAGUUGAAGAAUGCCAUAGAUGACGAGCGCUACCAUGAUGCAUCAAAGUUAUGUAGAUACACUGGAAGUGGACUGGUGGGUUGGUGGGUGGGGUGCUCAAAAGAUUCAGAGGACCCCUUUGGUAGAAUAAUUCAUAUAAGUCCUGGUAUGGGUAGAUUCAUUGCCAAGAGCUACAGUCCAAGACAGUUGCUGACAGCAUCUUCUGGGAGACCAAUAUUUGAAAUCUACGUGGUAAAAAGUUCUGACGAAUCAUAUCAUAUGCAGGUAGUGUAUUUGAGACGAACCAAAGGAAAUUCAUUGAGUAAACCCCCAUCUAUACCUGCUAAAAGCCCAUCCACACCCGAGGUCGAGAAUGCAUCUUCAGUUGAGGUGCAGGAACAUGAAGAGAAGGCUGAAAGAAAUGAUGAGAAAAACAGCAACAGCGAGGGUCCAACUGAGGAGGGCAUUAAAAGUGUGAUAAAUUUUCUUAAAGAAAAAAUUCCAGGAAUGAAAGUCAAAGUUAUGAAUAUUAAUGUUGAAGAGGAAGCAGCAGAGGACAGUGAUUCUAUAAAGCAAUUGAUGGAGGAAGAGAGUAAUAAAACAAGCUCCAGUGAGAAUCCUGAAGAGGAAGUUAGUAAUCUGGAUCUACCUGAUGGGGUCACUCUAGAGGGAGAUGGUGAUGCCUCAGCAGAAGAUAAGGAUUUGGAUAUGAAGCUGUUUAUUGGCGGGGUUGUACACAACACUGAAGAUGCUGCUCCUAAGGAUGAAUUUAUACGCCUCCCAGCUGAAAUAAAGGAUAUGGAAAGGGAUUCUUUCCUCUUUCAUAUUCCUCGAAGAAGUCUAGGUUAUGAUAGAAGAGAAGAUAAAGUUGCCAAUAUUAAAGUGGCAGCUCUAGCAGCACAAGGAAUUUCAGAGCUUAUGCCUCCAGAAGUUGCUAAGGCAUUUUGGAAUUCUGACAAAGUCUCCUCUAAGGUUUCCAAAAGUAUACGUGAAAUUCUCAAACUUGCUGUUAGUCAAGCACAGAAAAAAAGUAGAUUAACAGAGGAUACAUGUUUUAGCCGGAUUACCAGUUCAAGAGGGGAUUUUGAUCCUUUCGAUGGACUCUAUGUUGGUGCAUUUGGUCCUCAUGGCAUUGAAAUAGUGCAAUUGAAGAGAAAAUUUGGACAUUGGAAUGAUGUAGACAACGAAAACAACCCUAAAGAUGUGGAAUUCUUUGAAUAUGUAGAGGCAGUGAAGUUGACUGGGGAUCCUAAUGUUCCUGCUGGCCAGGUGACAUUCCGGGCUAAAAUUGGUAGAGUCAACCGCAACGCCAACCGUGGGAUGUUCCCUGAUGAAUUAGGAGUGGUUGCAAGUUAUAAAGGCCAGGGACGAAUAGCAGAUCUUGGUUUUCAAAGUCCAAAAUGGGUUGACGGAGAAUUGCUCCAACUCAAUGGCAGGGGCAUGGGACAAUACUUGAAAGGUGCAGAUCUUGGUUUCCUUUAUGCUGUACCUGAGCAAAGUUUUCUUGUGCUGUUCAACCGGUUGAAACUACCUGAGUGAGCCACAUUGCCCUUAUCCUGUAUAAUUAUAUACCUUCUCUGAUGUGGGGUGGAACAUGAAGGAAUCUGACACUGGUGACAGGAGUAGUAUGCUGCUACCUUUUCUAUUGGGCUUGUUACCCAACACACGAGCACUUGUAAUUUUUUCAGCCUCUGACUCCUAUCACGAGUUCUUUUUUGUUGUUCCAUUACCCAAUCUCUUUGCUAUGUCAUCUUGUGUAUAUAAAUUUUGCUGACUGACAAAAUAGUGAGAUAGGAACUCUAGAAGGACCUUGAGGGAUCUUUGUAUGUGCAAUAUGGGUUAUGGCUGUGUUCCUCCUUUCUUGUUUGUGGUUCGGCUCAGGUUGUCUGCCUACAUGAAAGGAAGCCAUUGAUAAUUAAGUGUUGUAAUAAAAGCUACAGGCAUGUGUAUUUUGUCUA